CAUUGUGAUAUUUUUCAGGUUUUAUUCAGAUUUUAGUUUGGAAAUAAACAUAAUCUAGGUAUAAUGUUAACAUAGGUUUUGAACAGCAGCAUUGCCAUUUCCCAUCAUUUUCUUUCUCUCUCCUUACUAAAUUAGCUUUUGUUGAAAAUAAGAGCAAAAUGCUGAGAUUUCGAGGAGCUGGUGAUCCAGGAGGUCCUUCCAAUAUUGUUGGAGAUGCAGAAGAAAGCAAUCGCAACAAUGAAAUCAGAGAUCUGAAAGAAAAACUGAUGAAUGAUUUGCGAUCAUAUGAAACUGUCAUCCAUUAUUUUCAACAGCUGUUAGUCUGGGAGAAGCCUGUUCAUAGUGUUGUGUUCGUUCUUGCACUUCAUGCUGUGUUUUGGUACAGGUACUUGAAAAUUUGGAGCACUCAUGCUGUUGGUCUGAUAUCAACAAUAAUACUAAUAUUAGUAUGGCUGGACAUGUGGAAACAUAGAAUAUGGCCAGAGAUAAGAGCUCGGGAUCCUGACCCUGAAGCCGAUGAAUGGGGAGAGCUUCAUCCACACUUGCUCACUUUUCCUGAAGUCUGCUUGGCACUGGCAGAAAUUUUUGUAACUUUAAAAUAUCAUCUCAUAACUAUACGUGAUGUUAGAAGAAAUACUCCAGGAAAGUUUGUAACAUUAUCUACUGUUACUUGCCUGAUGAUCAUUUUCUUGGGUCGAUCCAUUCCUGGAACUCUUCUUGCAUAUAUUAUAAUGAUGUGUGGUUUACUGUGGCCAUUGAUUUGGUAUCGUCGAUGGGUGGAGAGAGCAUAUGCACAUAUGGAACCUUUCCUAAUGCAACUACAGUAUUCAUUAAAACCUAGAAUGAGAAGAAAUGGUAAGAAAGGCUCCCACAUCACUAAAGAAAUUGACGGUACCAGUGUUGAGGUUCAUACAGACACAUCUUCGGAUGAUGACGAUAUUUCUGAAUUUAUGAAGCCACUCGAUGCAGUGACAGCAGAAGUAUUAGCUCGAGCACUCACAGACGACGAUGAAUUAUCAGAAAGUGAUGAAUCCUUACUAGCUCAUGAAUUACCAUCAUUUUCUCAUCCUGCAUUAGAUUCAAAUAAAGUCUUUCUAACAGGUUCCAGAGACAUACCUGAAGUGCCUUUACCAUCCAAUCUUCCACGUUACGACGACCCACAGUUUCGCAAAGAAAUAUUGAAUGAAUCUGAUGACGAAACAUUAGGAUUUGUAGGAAGUCAACAACAGCAACAACAAUUGCCUGAUCUUGCCCGACAAAUUGCUGUAUCUGCUACUGCUGAUGCCAUGAAAACAGCUAUGAAAAAUAUAAUGUCUGGUGCAACAAGCCAUACCUCGGAACCAACUGAAAAGACUUCUAGUACCAACAGCAGAGGUUCGACUCCCAGCGAUGAUGGCUUCGUCAUAUUAGAUAAAGAUAAUUAAAAUCUGCUUAGUUAUUAUUUCCAAAUUCAGUAAAUUUGUCCGCUUUUAAACUAAAGUAAUCAAAGUCUUGUUAUCUGCAAGUAGAAAGUACAAGUUUCAUUUUUGAAUAUCAUAUUAGACAGGCAAGGAUUAUCCCGACUUUGUAAAUUUGCUGGACUUAUUAUUUUAGUGAAGCGAAUUUUAAAGCAUUAUUU